ACACACACACACACACACACACACACACACACACACACACACACACACACACACACACGCCACGUGUGGUAACAUUGAGACCUCUGCGCGCGCACUCCCGCGGUACAGUAUAAUCAGAUAGGACACGUUGGUAAAACCAGGAGACGGGCAUCAGAGGUGACGUAAGCGACCCGGUGGGAGGAGUCUGGGUCAGAGUACUUCCUGUUUAGGGUCUAACUGUCAUCAAAAAGGGAUGUCGGUCAAUUAUUAACAAGAUCCAAGUGUUCUAUUUAUUUGAAUUAGACAAUGUGUGAGAAGGCUGGUUCCUCAGAUCCUCUGGAUCAGAGUCCACAGGACAAGGCAGUGGUGGAUCUGGACCAUCAUCAUGAACAUGUGGUCAGUCCUGACACCAGAAUCUAUAUGGACUACAAUGCCACUACUCCAGUUUAUCCUGAGGUGGUCCAUGUGGUCACUGAAGCUUUAAAUGAUGCUUGGGGAAACCCCAGCAGCAUGUACCUGCCAGGUGUGAAAGCCAAAGACAUUAUUAACCAUUCACGAGAGAGUGUAGCAAGGAUGGUUGGUGGAAAGGCAACAGAUAUCAUAUUUACAUCAGGUGGCACUGAGGCUAAUAACAUGGUGUUCCAUUCAGCAAUGGAAAACUACUGGAAGAGCAGCAUGUCAGUUGAGGGUGGACAUGCGGAAAAUUAUCUGAAUGGCAAAAAGCUCUUUCCUCACAUCAUCACAUCCAACGUGGAGCAUGACUCUGUGAAACUUGUGGCUGAACACCUGGUAAAAAUGGGCAAGGCAGAUGUCACGUUCCUGCCUGUUUCCAGAGUGACGGGCCGAGUGGAGGUGGAGGACGUGAUGGCUGCUCUACGUCCCUCCACAUGUCUGGUGUCAGUCAUGCUGGCCAACAACGAGACGGGCGUUAUUAUGCCAAUCAAGGAGAUUUGUCAGAGGGUGAAGGCAGCAAAAAGAUCACCAUCUUCUCCCAGAAUUCUGUUGCACACGGAUGCGGCACAGGCCAUCGGGAAGAUCCGGGUAGAUGCUCAAGAGCUGGGGGUGGAUUACCUGACAAUAGUUGGACACAAGUUUUACGGUCCUCGAAUCGGCGCUUUGUUUGUGAACGGUCCUGGGACGAUGACCCCUCUUUACCCUUUGCUCUUUGGCGGAGGACAGGAGCGCAACUUUAGACCAGGGACUGAGAACACAGCAAUGAUUGCUGGUCUUGGGAAGGCUGCUGAAUUGGUGACAACAAACCUGAUGAAGGACGAAGCUCAUCUGCUGGAAAUCAGACUUUACCUGGAGCAGAGACUGCUGACUUUGUUUGGAAAAGAGAAGCUACGUUUUAAUAGCCAUUUUCAUGGAACAGACACACUGCCGAACACAUGCAAUGUGUCGAUUUUGGGACAAGGACUGCAUGGGCGAAGAGUGCUGUCCACAUGUAGGAGAUUACUGGCCAGCGUGGGCGCAGCCUGUCACUCAGACCACGGAGAUCAGCCUUCACAUAUUCUGCUGAACUGUGGCAUUCCAUACCAUGUAGCGAUAAAUGCUCUGAGGAUUAGUGUGGGUCGAAAGACAUCCCGGGAGGAUGUGGACAUCGUGGUGCAAGACCUCCGGGACACGGUGGAGCGAUUGGAGCAAAUGAACUAGAGUCUGUUUUUCUUAGAACACCCCUUGUGGUGGGGGUGUUGAAGGACAGAAACUCAUGCUUUGGUAUCAUUAAUGUACUGGUCAAUAAAGGCAGAGGGGUAAGAGGUCAUAAAUUGUGACUUAACAUAACAUAAUUCUAUACUGGUUAUAUUGAAUGGGUUCAUGUUUAUGGUAUAGAGAUUCCCCUUUUUUUGUUUUCCUGUAAAGUGACAAUGGCAGGUUAUCAAAGUAUCAAAAAUACUGUUACUGGGCUGAAUGUUGUUAGUGAAUUAUUUAUUCAAUUGGUUGAGUAAUAUUAUUAAUAUAUAUACACAGUAACUGUCCUGGAAACAUUUCUGAGAUAGUUAGAGAUUGCAUGUUGUAUUCAAGCAGGAAUAUAUUAAUUGCACUGAAUGUGUCUACAUGAUGCUGGACUAGUAUUUAAAUGAAGCAAGCAGGUGGAACUCUUAUUUGGCUUUUUUAUUUAUUUAUUUUUUUAAACCUGAUGUUCUGGAUGUCCUGUUCUGUCAUCAUUAAAGAUCACAAGCUUAAACCAAA